CGGACAUGGCAAGCAUGAACGACGUGGUGCAGUCGCUCAAGCCCGCUGGUGGGUUUGAGUUUGACCUGUGUGCGCGGAACAACAUGCUCAAGCAGAUGGGCCUCAAGGCGCCCAAGGCGACGUCGACGGGCACAACCAUUGUGGGCCUGGUGUACAAGGACGGAGUGGUGCUGGGCGCAGACACGCGUGCCACGGGCGACACGACGGUGGAGGACAAGAACUGCGAGAAGAUUCACUACAUCGCACCCAACGUGUACUGCUGCGGCGCCGGUACUGCCGCCGACACCGAGAACACCACGGCGCUCAUCUCAUCGCAGCUCGAACUGCACCGCCUGGCCACCGGCCGCCACUCGCGCGUCGUCACCGCCCUCACCCUCCUCAAGCGUAUGCUCUUCCGUUACCAGGGCCACGUCUCGGCUGCGCUGGUCCUGGGCGGCGUCGAUCUCAACGGUCCGCACCUCUACACCAUCUACCCGCACGGCUCCACCGACGAGCUGCCGUACGUCACCAUGGGCUCCGGCUCGCUCGCCGCCAUGGGCGUUUUCGAAGCCGGCUGGAAGGAGAACAUGUCUGAGGACGAGGCCGUUGACCUUGUCGCCGCCGCCAUCCGCGCCGGUAUCUUCAACGACCUCGGCUCUGGCUCUAACGUCGACGUCACCAUCAUCCGCGGCGUCGACGAUGUCGAGGUCCGCCGCGGCUACCAGAUCCUCAACCCGCGCCCCUACGCCCGUGUCCGCCCGAACGACCUCACCCGUGGCACCACCACCAUCCUCUCCGAGACCCGCACCCCUAUCCACGCCGGCCACGUCGAGUACACCAACGAGGACGCCGUCGACAUGGAGACCUCUCCCGUCGAGUCUGGAGGACCUUCGUCGUCGUAAAACUGUCCCCAUCUCCCUCA